GUAUUGUUAUAACAGUUCGAUCGCAAGCUGAUCUCUUCUUAUUUCUACAGCACACACUUUCCACUCAUUCUCAUUCGUUUCCUCAUUCCACUUCCUCAUUUCCUCGCACCAAGUUCUCUUUUGCCACCUCAAUACCUACUAUGACCGCAAUUCAGACUCCAGAGUCGCUUCAAGGCCCGACAUACAGUCGCAACUAUGAGGGGCAUAGCCAUUACAGCAAGCAACCAAGAACCAGAACACAGCCCGUCGCGUUUGCGCAGGAGACCUUCUCUCAACUGACGUUAUACACUGCCAAUACCAUGCGCACUGGGACCACUGGGCUGCUGAACACGACCCUGAAGAAAUCAAACCAAGAGCUUGUCUCUGCAGUGGAGGACACGCUGCUGCGCUCACUGGAGUCCACUCAGAUCAAGGGAAGCAGUAUUACCAUUGCUGACCAAGGAGCUAUUGGGCCCUUGGAGGAGGGCCGAUCCAAGUACGAAAUUACAGCCAAGCUUUUCUUCUUAUCACCUGCUGGAGCGUCUGCACUGCUGUCUGUCGAGCACUUGGACAAGGCAUUCCAGAAUCUUGACUCUGUCUUGAGUACAUCCAAUCUGGUUGUGGAUAAUUUCAUCCUUGCUCUCCCCAACCAGACCUUUGACGAGAACGAGCUCGAUGAAGCAGAGCUUGAGGAUUUCAAGCGAGAUGUUCAACAAUACUACCUGCCAGUUUGGAGGCGACUGUCAGAGCUCCGCAUGAAUGGACGGAUCGGUCGCCUAGGUGUAUCCGAGUUCUCGAAGCAACAGCUAGUGAUCUUGAAGGAGGUAGCACUCUCGGUUGGAGCAGUAGCCCCUGAACUGAACCAGGUGAAUCUUCAGGACUGCUGUGUGCUCCCCAAGGGAUUGGUCGAGUACGCAAAAGCCGAGGGAAUCGAGCUAUUGACCCAUGGUGACUCUACUAACAUUUUACCAAAGUCAACAUUGGCCUCACUGCUGCAGCCUCAUCUGCCUGCCACAUCUGCUUCUUCUUUGGCACCUAGGUCCGUGCUCAAGUACUCUGCCAUCCUCACAGGCCGUGGACUCGUUACACGGAAAGGAUACAUUGUUGAUGCUGCUACCGCAUAGACUACAGGACAACGCGCAACACAUAUACUUCAUACACCAAUACCAUGCACAGUAUUCGUUUUUCAUAGAGCCAAGCAAAAAAGUAAAAAGGAGGCAAUUGAAGUGGAGAGCAGAGAAAGCGGUUCGACGCGUUACAACUUUUCCCUUUGGUCGCACAACGACAUAGGGCAUGGCUAUAGCACGACUUUUUACGCCACCAAAAAUGCAACUGCAUAUU